GUCUGUCUGGUUGCCAAAUCCCCAGGGUUCUCUGAGACCGGAGUCUUGAUUAGACAUCUCCAGCCGCUGGAAAGAUGAACUCCUACAUCAUCAUAACGAGGCUGCUGCUGUCCGGGCCUUCCCUCUUCGCCCUGGCCUCAGGCUACAACUUGGAAGUGCAGCACGUGCAGAACUUCUCCUUCCCACACGCCGGGAGGCAUUUUGGGUACAGAGUCCUGCAGGUUGGAGACCGGGUUGUCGUGGGAGCUCCAGGUGAGGGGAACAGCACAGGAAACCUCUAUCAAUGCCAGCCAGGCACUGGCCACUGCCUACCAGUCAGCCUGAGUGGUUCCAACUAUACUUCCAAGUACUUGGGGAUGACCUUGGCGACAGACUUCAUAAGUGGAAAGCUUUUGGCCUGUGACCCUGGGCUGUCUCGGACAUGUGAUCAGAAUGUCUACCUAAGUGGCCUGUGUUACCUUUUCCACCAGAAUCUGAGAGGUGUUGUGCUGCAAGGGCGCCCUGGUUAUCAGGAAUGUAUAAAGGGCAACGUGGACUUGGUAUUUCUGUUUGAUGGUUCAAUGAGCUUGCAGCAAGAUGAAUUUCAGAAAAUUCUGGACUUCAUGAAGGAUGUGAUGAAGAAACUCAGCAACUCUUCCUACCAGUUUGCUGCUGUUCAGUUUUCCACAGACUGCAAAACAGAAUUUAAUUUCUUGGAUUAUGUGAAGGUGAAGAACCCUGAUGUUCUGCUGGGCAAAGUAGUACACAUGCGCCUGUUGACCAACACCUUUGGUGCCAUCAACUAUGUCGCGAGAGAGGUAUUCCGGCAAGACCUGGGGGCCCGUCCAGAUGCCACCAAAGUGCUUAUCAUCAUCACUGAUGGGGAAGCCACUGAUCGUGCCAACAUUGAUUCAGCCAAAGACAUCAUCCGCUACAUCAUUGGGAUUGGAAAGCAUUUUGCGACCAAGAGAAGUCAGGAAACACUUCACCAAUUUGCCUCAAAACCUGCGGAGGAGUUUGUAAAGAUUCUGGACACAUUUGAGAAGCUUAAAGAUCUGUUCACAGAGCUGCAAAAGAAGAUUUAUGUCAUUGAGGGCACAAGCAAACAGGACCUGACCUCCUUCAACAUGGAGCUGUCCUCCAGUGGGCUCAGCGCUGACAUCAGCCAGGACCGUUGCAUUGUAGGGGCAGUCGGAGCCAAGGACUGGGCUGGGGGCUUUCUAGACCUCAAGGCAGACCUGCAAGAUGACACAUUUGUUGGGAAUGAACCACUAACACCAGAAGCGAGAGCAGGAUAUUUGGGUUACACAGUGACCUGGCUAUACUCCCGAAGGCUCACUUCGCUGCUGGCAGCUGGAGCCCCCCGAUACCAGCAUGUGGGGCGGGUGGUGCUGUUCCAGGAGUCAAAGGACAAAGAACACUGGAGCCAGAUCCAGAAAAUAGAUGGGAACCAGAUUGGCUCUUAUUUUGGUGGCGAGCUGUGUGGUGUUGACAUAGACCAAGAUGGGGAGACGGAGUUGCUGCUGAUCGGAGCUCCCUUGUUCUAUGGGGAGCAGAGAGGAGGCCGGGUGUUUAUCUACCAGAGGAAACAGCUGGGGUUCGAAGCUGUCUCGGAACUGCAGGGGGAACCCGGCUAUCCGCUUGGGCGGUUUGGAGCAGCCAUCACUGCCCUGACUGACAUCAACGGGGAUGGGCUGGUGGACGUGGCGGUGGGGGCCCCUCUGGAGGAGAAUGGGGCUGUGUACAUCUUCAACGGGCAGCAUGGUGGGCUGAGCCCCCAGCCGAGUCAGCGGAUAGAGGGGAUCCAAGUGUUCUCAGGAAUUCAAUGGUUCGGACGCUCCAUCCAUGGGGUAAAAGACCUUGGAGGAGAUGGCCUGACAGACGUGGCCGUGGGAGCCGAGGGGCAGGUGAUCGUACUCAGCUCCCGGCCUGUGGUGGAUAUCCUCACUCAUAUAUCCUUCUUCCCGGCGGAGAUCCCAGUGCAUGAAGUGGAAUGCUCCCAUUCAACCAGUAACAAGAAGAAAGAAGGAGUUAAUGUCACAGUCUGUUUCCAGGUCAAGCCUCUCACCCUCCAAUUUCGAGGUCACCUGGUUGCCAAUCUCAUUUACACUCUGCAGCUGGAUGGCCAUCGGACCAGAAGCCGGGGGCUGUUCCCAGGAGGGAGACAGGAACUCAGCGGGAACAUAGCGGUCACCAGAGACUGGUCCUGUAUCAAGCUCUGGUUUCACUUCCCGGUGUGCAUUCAAGACCUCAUCUCUCCCAUCAACGUCUCUCUAAAUUUCUCUCUCUGGGAGGAAGAAGAGACACCGAGGGACCAACGUCCCCCUGAGCCCUCCUUUAAGAGUUCUGCUGCUUCAGCUAAUCUGUCUUGCCUCCCGGCCCUCCCACCACUCUGUGCUCAGCUGGACAGGGACAUCCGGCCCAUCCUGAGACCCUUACCACACGUAGCGAACACGGAGAUCCCUUUUGAGAAGAACUGCGGGGAGGACAAGAAGUGUGAGGCAGACCUAGGGCUCUCGUUCUCCCCAGCAGGAUCCAGAGUCCUGCGCCUGAUCCCCUCUACCAGCCUCUCCGUGGAGCUGAUACUGAGUAACUUGAGAGAAGACGCUUACUCGGUCCACCUCAAUCUGAGCUUCCCCCAGGGACUCUCCUUCCGCAAAGUAGAGAUGCUCAAGCCCCACAGCCAGAUACCUGUGAGCUGCGAGGAGCUUCCUGAGGUAGCCAAGCUUAUGAACAGGAUCAUCUCUUGCAACGUGAGCUCUCCUAUCUUUAGAGCAGGCAGUGUGGUUGCUAUCCAGGUGAUGUUUCAUAUGCUGCUGAACAGCUCCUGGGGGGACUCUGUUGAGCUGCACGCCAAUGUGAUCUGUCACAAUGAGGACUCCGGCCUCUUGGAGAACAACUUGGCUACCACCACCAUCCCAGUCCUGUACCCCAUCAACAUUCUCACUGAGGACAAGGAGAACUCCACACUGUAUGUUGGCUUCACCCCCAAAGGUCCCAAGAUGCACUUUGUUGAACACUUCUACCAGGUGAGGAUUCAGCCUUCUAUCUAUGACCACAAAGUGCCUGCCCUGGAGGCCUUGAUUGGGGUACCAGUAUCUCACAGUGAGGGGCCCAUCAUGCACAAAUGGAAUGUGGAGAUGGAGCCUCCUGUGACCUGUUAUCGUGAGGAUCUGGACAGGCUGCCCAGUGUGGCUGAGCCUUGUUUGCCCGGGGCCAGAUUCCACUGCCCAUUUGUCUACAAGGAGGAGAUCUUCGUCAAAGUGAUCGGGACUAUUGAGCUGGUGGAGAAGAUUGAGGCCUCCUCCAUGGUCAGCCUCUGCAGCUCUCUCUCCGUCUCCUUCAACAGCAUCAAGCAUUUCCACCUCUAUGGCAGCAAUGCCUCCAUGGCCCAGGUCGUCAUGAAGGUUGACAUCAUAUAUGAAAAGGAAAUGCUCCAUGUCUAUGCACUGAGCAGCAUUGGGGGGCUGUUGCUGCUCUUGCUGAUUUUUGUGGCACUCUACAAGCUUGGCUUCUUCAAACGGAACCUGAAGGAGAAGAUGGAGGCUGUAGAAGCUUCAAAUGAAAUCCCUAAACAAGACUCUGAGCAGCCAGUGCCCAAGGAGGAGGCUGGGGAUCCAGGCUGCCUGGAGCCCCUCCAGGAUGGGGAGGCCCAGGAUGAAGCUGUCAAAGACUGAGGCCCAGGCCCACGGCAGAGGACCCAGGAUGUAUGGUGCCAUUCUGCCUCUACCUAUGUCUCACUGUGCGUCUUCGGGCAAGUCUCUGCCCCCCCACCUAGGCCUCAGUUUCGCUAUCUUGAACAUGGAGCUCACUCCUGCCUGCCUGCUCUGUGGGCUCAUGGUGAGGAUCUAUGAGGGAUGGUCCAGGAAGGGUAUGUACGUGAGGGCUUGUAAUUAUCAGCUGGUUCUGGCUUCCCCUGGUCCUUCUUAGUAUCCUCCCAUGGAAGAGAACAUCUGAUCUAAAUUUGGAAAAACUGUCAUCUCAGGACCUAGUGACACUUGCAGCCCUCACACCCAUCUGCCCUUGGAUGUCCCCAGAUGCCUCAGACUCUCAGAACCUUGCCCUUCACUCUCUCCUGCCUGGAGUCCAGUCAGCUUUCCAUCUGCUGCCAGAGAGCAAAUCUGAUCUGUGUCACGACAUUGCUGCUGCAGACCCCUUGCUCUGUGGCUAAAGACCAAGUUCCUUAAUACGACUUCCAAAAUCUGCAAAAUAUCCUUAACAUGCCAGUGCAGUACUGGGUCCCCAUGGCCUUCCUGGCCUCCUCCAGAGACUCCCAGCCUCCCUUUCGAAGCUCCAGUUACACCAACCUUUCUCACUAGCCAAGCCCCCUUCUGUCCUACUGCCUUCAUCCAGACUGCUCCCUCUGCCUGGAACAUUCCUCCCCAGCCCUUUCCCUGGCUGGCUCUCACUCAGACUUCAGAUCUCAGUUCACUUGGAACUUCCUCAGGGCUGCCCUCAACCCCGCCCCAAGCGGGUUUUCAUAGCACACAUGCCUACACUAGCCUGCACUUCCCCUCACAGUACAGAUCAUGGUUGUUACUCAAUAUUCAUCUCUCAAAUCCAACCAUAGUUCCACGGGGGUAGGGACCAUACCUGCUAUGUUCACCUUGGUGAUAUCACAGAGCCAGACACAGUGGGUGCUUGAUACAAUUUCUUUUUUUUUUAAGAUUUUAUUUAUUUAUUCAUGAGAGACACGGAGAGAGAGGCAGAGACACAGGCAGAGGGAGAAGCAGGCUCCAUGCAGGGAACCCGAUGCCGGACUUGAUCCCGGGACUCCAGGAUCACACCCUGGGCCGAAGGCUGGCGCUAAACCACUGAGCCACCCAGGGAUCCCACUUGAUUCAAUUUCACUGAACUAGUGAGGGUGCCUAUGGGAAGUUCCAGAAAACGUUUGGAUGGGCCCAUGGCAUCUCCACCCUUCAAGGCUCUGUCUUCCCCCAGGCUCCUGCCUCCUUCCUUUGUAGCCCCUACUGGGACUCCCCAAAUCCCAUCAUGGCCCCAGGCUGGGAGGCAGUGAGCUCAAGAUGUGGGACACGUCUGUCUACUCCCCUCCCUUCACUACCCCCCCACCUCCUGCCCCGGCUCCCAGUGCUAAGCAGAGCACCUGACUAUGUCUACUGAUAAAUAUGAAGUUUGUAAGCUGGUGCCACAUCUCGGCCUGGCUCAAUUAAACAUUUCCUUCUCACCCUUUCUCUAAGUGGGACCCAGUCAGCUGUAUUUUCUUUUCAUUUCUUUCCCUUUCUUUCCUUUCCUUUUCUUUUCUUUUUUCUUUCUUUUCUUUUUUCUUUUCUUUUCUUUUUUAUGACAACCAUUUAGAGACUAACCUGCAUGAGGCAUUGACAAUUCAUUCAGGCGUGAGAAUAGACCCUUCUCGGGCUUUUUUUUUUUUUUUUUUUAAGCAGCAAUUGGUGAGGCUUGAUCCUGAGGCCCCCCCCCCCCCCACCUUUAGGAGGACAGAGCAGGCUUGUUGCUGCUGCCCUCUUGUGGUCAGUAGGACCCCAGAGCUGGGCACAGCUCUCUCCUCUCUCCUCCUUCCCUCCCCCACUCCUUCAACCCUCUCCCCAGGGAAUAUGGAGUCACUCUCAGGACAGCUCUGGGCUCAGCACUGAGAGCUGAGAAAUAGCUUUUGACCUCCCAAGGCUCCCUUCUGCCUACAGGGAGUAAGAGAAUGUUCUCAAGCCUGGCACUCAAGGCCCAGAACAGUAUUUUAAAACCUGCCAACCUCUUCAACCUCAUCAACCCCCUGCUGGCCUGAGCCACCCAGGGGCACCUGGUGUUAGGGCCUGUUCUGUGCCCUGAGGGCAGGAUGAUGAACAAGACAGACAAGUCCUUGCCCUCAGGAAGCACCACCCCAAUGAGAAAACAGAGUGAAAAGGUAGACCUGUGAUUCUAGGCGGUGAGGGGAUUGUGAAGAAGAUAAAACAGGAUAACGAGUUAGUGAGGGUCCUCCUACAUGAGUGAUGCUCUGUGACACACACACAGAGUGAAUGUUUUCAUCAGGGUUGGAAGCAAAACACAGAAAAUCUGGGAGGUUCAUUUCAGAACAGUCCUGCCCUCAUCAUGCCCAGAAAUCUAUAUCCCGACUCCCUUAACAGCACCCAUCCUCAAACACCUGCCUCUCUGUCUUUGCACAUGCUGUUCCUCUUGCCAGCCCAUCUAGUUCUACCUUGUUCUAUCCUUUAAAAUCUUCCAACUUGGGCAGCCCGGGUGGCUCAGCGGUUUAGCACCGCUUUCGGCCCAGGUUGUGAUCCUGGAGACCCGGGAGGGAUCGAGUCCCACGUCUCGGGUUCCCUGCAGGGAGCCUGCUUCUCCCUCUGCCUGUGUCUCUGCCUCCCUCUCUCUCUCUCUCUCUCUCUCUCUCUCUCUCUCUCUCUCUGUGUGUGUGUGUGUGUGUGUCUCACGAAUAAAUAAAAAAAAUCUUCCUACUGCAGGGGCACCUGGGUGGCUCAGUCAGCUAAGCAUCUGCCUUCACCUCAGGUCAUGAUCCAGAGUCUUGGGAUGAUGGGGAUGGAGCCCCAGGUCCCAGCGGGGAGCCUGCUUCUCCCUCUCCCUCUGCCCCUCCCCCUGCUUGUGGGCUCGCUCUCUGCAUUAAAUAAAUAAAUAAAAUCUUAAAAAAAAGAAAAAUUUAAAACAUACCAACACCCAAGGCCACAUUCCCUACAAGUGGUCAGAAUGAUGACAUGUUAUCACAGGCCAUGUAGCCUCUGGAAGACACCAUACCCAUGGCACAAAGUGAAAAAGUAAGUAACAGUAUCCUUGGGAGAAUAGUCAAACCUAAUCAGUCGUAGGUUUGAGUUCAGGCUCUCUUGCCCCAUAGCUGUGCCAUGUAGGGCCAUUACUAUCUUCUCUGGGAUUCAUUUAUUCGUCUGUAAAAUGGGAAUACUAACUGUAUAUCCCUCAGAGCUGUUGUGAGGAAAACACUUGCAAACUGUCUAGAAAUGUUGCCAGCACAUCUGUGCUUAAUAAAGGUGGUGGAUAGAAAUGGCUUAGUUGUGGGGUGCCUGACUGGCUCAGUCAGUGAAGCAUGCGAUUCUUGAUCUCAGGGUCAUGAGUUCAGUACCCACACUGGGCAUAGAGAUUACUUUUUAAAAGAUGGUUUAGUUGUGCAGGAUGGUGUGGUAAAAAUAGCAUGCUGGACUGAAAGUCAGGAAACCUGGCACUGGCAUCCUAGUUCUUCACUGCGACCUUGAGAAAGAUGUGUGCCCUUCCUGGGCUUUGAUCUGCCCCACCUGGGAUCUACAGGUACCACAGGAGCUGCCAUACAGAAGAAAAGGGUGGGAGCUGAGCCCCACCACUGUCACUUGAUCUGCUUUUAUAUACUAUGAUUCAUAAGCAGCAUACAGGCUACUUUAUCAAUUAAGUACUACAUGCACUGUGCUUUCAAUGGCCUACAAACAUGUUUGGGAGCUGGAGGGAAAAAUCAACUCCAAAGAAUGAAAAUCAAAUUGUAUAAUUGAAAUAAAUGUUAAACUGGGACGCCUGGGGCAGCCCCGGUGGCCCAGCGGUUUAGCGCCGCCUGCAGCCCAGGGCGUGAUGCUGGAAACCCAGGAUCAAGUCCCACAUCAGGCUCUCUGUAUGGUGCCUGCUUCUCCCUCUGCCUGUGUCUCUGCCUCUCUCUCUCUGUGCGUGUGUCUCUAUGAAUAAAUAAAUAAAUAAAAUCUUAAAAAAAAAACCUGGGAUGCCUGGUUGGCUCAGUGGUUGAGCGUCUGCCUUCAGCUCAGGGCAUGAUCCUGGGGUCUCAGGAUCGAGUCCCGCAUCGGGCUCCCUGCACAGAGCCUGCUUUUCCCUUGGCCUCUGUCUCUCCCUCCCUCUGUGUGUGUGUCUCUCAUGAAUAAAUACAUAAAAUCUUUUUUAAAAAAGAAAGAAAUGUUAAACCAACAGAUAUGUCAGGUAGUCAAAUGCAGUCCUAUUUAACAUAAGUACUCACAUAUAUGAACUACGUAAAUGCGGGAGGUGGAGUAUUUUAAUAUUUGAAAUUAUGUGUGAUUGGGUGUCUGUACAAAAAUGUGCAAAAAGUUUACAAAGGUCUUUAAAUACUUUAAAAUACUUGAAAAAUAAUGAUCUACUUCCAAAAAUAAUUAAAACUUUAGGGGAUCCC